CUGUGGCGGGGCUGCCGGGGCUUAGGGGUGUGGCUGGUGGGCCGCCCUGGGGACGGGCCCUCAGGGUCCUGCCAGGGGAGUGGGCGGCGGCGGCGCCAACCUCCGCCGCCAAGGUUCACCACUGCCCCUGCACAUCCUCCUCGGCGGUGGAGGAAUCCGGGACAGGACUCAACGCCUAAUGAAAGAUUUAAAUCAGGAGUCAAGGCCUUAAGAGUGCCAGGCGGAGAGGUGACAUCAUAAAGAUCACGGUGGAGCACUCUGCAGGCCAGUAUUUCAAACAGGAAGAUGGCUUCAUGGUGGCCAGGAUGGAGCUGAAAGUGUGGGUUGAGGGCAUCCAGCGAAUUGUGUGUGGGGUGACAGAAACCACAACCUGUCAGGAUGUAGUGUAUGCGCUGGCCCAUGCCACAGGCAAGACGGGCCGCUUCACCCUUAUUGAGCGCUGGAGGAACAACGAGCGUCUUCUGGCCCCCAAUGAGUAUCCUCUUAAGAUACUUUUGAAAUGGGGCGAGUACUCCAAUGAUGUCCAGUUCAUCCUCCAACGGUCAGCUCUUGAGCCCAAGACCUCUAAUGGCCCGUCCGGUGUUCGUCCGGGUGGCCCACAGAGAGUGGACCCCACAAGUCGGGCUACAAUGCCCCAGAGCCCCCAGGCCACACAAGAUCGGUCCAGACAGUCCCCACACACCCACAAGGAUCUGAAAAAGUCCCUCACCUUCAGUGGAGGUCAUGCUGAUCUCCGCCGACAGGACACAGGCACCUCCUCCCCAUCCCUCGGUGGCCCGCCACUGCUGCAGGCCAUGAUGUCCCCCACUAGCCCAAGACACGGUGACUUUCCCUACCCGUCCUCCCCCACUGCCCACUGGGAGGUGAUGCCAGGCGAUGGUGGCAAGGGGGAUCAGCAGCAGCAUCCGUCCCCUACGUGGCGGCCUCCUGCUCCUCCACCCUAUGAGCUGGUUCGGGGCAACCCUCCCCCUCCCCCUGCGGCCCCAAGAAUAGGUGUGGACAAUGUGCGGGCAACUAGUCACUGGGGUUCCCCAUGGCCUGGCUCCCACUCCCCACCAGGCACCUCCCAGCCGGCAGGCCCCGUAUUAAGCCCUCACUCCCCUGUCCGUGCACCCCCAGGCGGUGAGCCCCCAUACUCCUUAGGCAGGAGGGACCAGCGGGCAGAAAUGCAGUCUGCACUAAGGCCUGAACCUGUAUAUAGUGAUGGUAGACGAGCUCCUUACCCUGGCUAUGCACACCAGGGCACCCCUGGCCUCACAACCACUCCCCCUGGCCCACACUAUCACCCCCGUGGCCCCUCUCCUAGUCAAAUAUCUCCAAUAUACAAUGGUCCUCCCCCUCCAAAGCCUCCCCACCUAGCAGGUCCACGCGAACUCCCCCCUUACCGCCACCCUCCACCACCCUCCUCCUCCCCCACCAAGAUUGCCCCAUCCCACAGCUCGCCCAGAAAACUGGUGAAUGCCUCCCAGGCUUUGCCACCCGUGCAGACGUCACCCUCCAAACAGCCUCCUCCUCUGGCCCAGGUGCCACACCCAGGGAGCAAAGUGCCUAACCCUCAUCAAAUUGGCUCAUCCCCACACUCAUCUCCCAUCCGUCAUCCAUCCCCUACCAGACACCCCUCACCCACCCGUCACCCCUCACCAACACGCUCAUGUCCCCCAGUGAGCUCAUCGAUCAUCACGGCCCCGAGUCCACACGGCAGCGCCAAGAAUCCUCGUUCCGGCAGCCCUGUCAAGGCCAUGCAGGGGAGGCACGGCAUGGAAGAGUUUUCUGUCAUGCCUGAUAAGGGCGUCCCUGUCCAUAAGCCUGGGGAGGAGCAGAGUAACAUGCGACUGGGGGAAUUUCACUCGAGGAAAGAUGAGGGAGCCAACAGCAACAUGGCCAAAGAGAUGAUGCAGUCUAGUGUCGUAAAUAACAGCAUUGGGAAAUCCACACCAGACCCCCAACCCAAGGUGAGCCAGCAUAAUAGGGGAAACAUUGACCGGCUGGCAGUGGAGAGCGUUAGUGUGUUUGGCCGGCGUGGCACCAGUGAGGAGGUCUUCCCCAACAAGGAUUCGUCACCACACCCGAACUGCACCGAGCGCCUCAACACCUCCCUGGACUCAACGCUCCCCAACCACUGCAUUAAGUCACCCCACACCAGGAGGAGCCCAGCCAAGGAAUCCCCAAAGAGUGGCCAUGAGGGAGGGCGGAUGAGCCACAACAACAAGGUGGAGCAGGUGGUGAUGGACGGCAAGUACCGUGAUCUUAUCAAGGUGAUCAACCUGCAGCGCGACAAACUGAAUAACCAGCAGGUGGAGCUAACCAAGUAUGAGGCUGAGAUAGCUUACCUGGAAGGUCGGUCGAGGGAAGAUGAAUCUCGCCUGGCCCACGUCGCCUCCGAGAUUGAGAGACAUGAGAUGAUAGCGCAGCAGAUUGACCAAGAGGUCAAUCACUUGCAGCAGCUGGAGCUGGAGGCUGACUCGGCUCAACAGGCAGAGGACAAGGUAAAGGCCGAGAUCAGUGCCCUCCAGGCCCAGUUGGCUCACUGUGAGAACCAACUGGCUGCUCACAGUGAAAAGGUGUCGGAACUAGAGAAGAACAUGACUGAAGAGCAGCAGCGCAGCCAAGAGGAGGCCCGGGCACAGCAGGAGGCCAUGGUGAGGGAAAUAGACAAACUCCAGGCAGCCAUUGCCCAGGCCAAUGCUCAGGCUGAACAUGCACAGCUGCAAUCACAACAAAUUCUGCAAGAGAUGGCAGACUCAGAAAAGACCAUAUCAGAGAAGAAGAAGGAGGUGGAGAAGCUUGUGAUGGAGAUGAAGGAUGCCAACCUGGAGUCCCUGUCCAUCACACCGUCAGAGGAGGUCCGCACCCUGCUGGAGGGUAAGACAGGAGCGGCCAAGCCAGGCAGUAGUCGCCGCAUGAUAGGAUCUCCAAGACAACUGGAAAAUGCUGUGCCCACCUCCAAAAACCCACAUGGGGUCUGGGUGUAGAUGUGUAGUGUAGCCCUCACCUCCCAACCUUGCAGCCAAGGACUCUGCACUCACUGUUCUCCUUGUGGUAUGUACUGUACUAGGUGCCUCUGUUGAUGUCUACUGUUACCAAAGUGAAUGUUGAGUAAGGAAGGAUAUGUCUGCCAAUUCAUGGGUGUCAUUCUAAUUAGAACUCUUGAUAGCAAUGAACUAGCUCUGAAAGAUUGAGUUUAGGUAUGAAAAUGAACCAUCACCAGAAUAAAGAGAUAGAAAACAUUCUUUAUUUAUUUAUUUUUUCAUUGGGGCAUUUCUCUGGAGUGUGAAUUCUACUCUAAAAAAUAAAAUUGGCUUUUGGUUUAAAUUACGCUACUAAUACAAAAAAGGCCUGAAUUUUUCAGAUAUGGUAAUAAUUUUGCUUGAUAUUUAGCAGGAAAUAUCUACAUUUUUGUCAAAAAAAAAAAAAAAAAAAAAAAAAAAAAAUCCUGAAAAGAUGGUUUUCUUACAUUUCUGGAAUGUAAAAAGUAUAAUGCAGAAAACAUUCAUAUAACCAUAUGAAUAAAUCACCAAAAUCCUUCAAAACAUGUUUUCAAGAGCAGUUGUAAGUCUGCUUGAAUUUUUAGAGCAUGAUCAGUUCAAAAUCAAGGAACUGCAAAAUGGAGGUUUGUCUGGGCAGUCAUCACAAUAUAACUUUUUUUCUGCUUUCUCCUGCACAUGCCUUUACCCCUAUUUAGAUAUUCAGCAAUUAAAACUGAACAAACAGUACUAUUAGGUCUGUGAUGUUUAUCAUCAAACUGGGUCAUGAAAUGCCUCUCAACUAGCUGAUUUUCCAAAGUUGAGGAAGACUUUCAUUCUCACUGAUCAUUCUUCAUCUGAUGUACCCUAUCAUUAAUUCAAGAAUUUCUGCUUCUCUGUAAUACAUGUAACUAAAGAAAAGAGUAAUUUUUCUUGAAAAACUGCACAGUUCAUGUCAAUGAAUGAGAUGCUGGGCACAGACGGCAGUUUAUUUUGUCACAAUAGUAUAAUUUUAUCAUACAUACCGGUAUGUGUCAUAUAACACUAUUCACCAAACACUUGCAUGCUUACUAUGAUAUAUGUAACUUACAUGAAUUGUGAUUUAAAAUGAAAAAAGUGAAGAAAAUAGCAAGGUGUGGGAGACAGUGACACUUUUUCAGCUGAGGAGAGCUGUUCCCAUUCUCUUGUCUCCAUAGUAAUGCUGGUAACGUCAUAGGUGGCAGGAAACACUGAUUUGAAUCAGAGAUGCCUCCAUGUACCUUUACAUUAACAGAAAAUUUCUUUGAAGGUCAAGGUCUGGACCAAUAACUUAGAUAGCAUUUUUGUGCUGCUAUUGGCAAAAUGGUUAAUGAUGGUUCAUUUUCACACCUCAGCCCACAUUUUUUUUACAUUUUUCCUUGAUAUCAGAACUUACUGGAAUGGCACAUAAAGAGUGGCAAACAUAGGUUAGAUAGGAUGGUAAUAUCUGUUUUAUGUGAAGGGUGUUGUUCCUUCCUUCCUCCCUGGCAGGUAGUGACACACUGGCCAGGCAGGUGCUGUGUAGGUCAUGGUGCUGACGUCACCUGAAAAUUACUCACAUUGCAAGGUUUGCUUCAUAAAGUGUGUUCCUGUGUCUGUGAAUCUUGUGUGUUCAGGAUUACCACAAUGAAACUGGCAUCUCUCCAUAUACAGUCAACAGUAAUAGAUGACUUGAGAAUGUACAUAAUUUGCAUAUUUGUACAAUGCUGUAAAGGUAGAGGGUAGGUGCUUAUGGAGGAAACAUAUCGUCAUCGUAAAUAAAGUGUGCAGAGUUGUC